AUGGUGCGCAUGUGCGGGCAAGGCUGGAGGAAGGCUCAUGCCAGCGAGUUCCUUCAAGACAAACGCCUUGGCUCCACCACAUCUCAAUUCCCCGCAAGGCCCUUUGUCCUCGAUGCUCGCAGAAUGGGGCUCCACCAUGGCAGGGGUGGAGGUGGGACUUUGCAAGGUCCCAGUGACGAUGCAAUGGGUCUUCCAAGUGCAUGCUCCACGCCAGGCUGUUUUCAGCUCCGGCGCAUCGGACCACAGCUGCCGCUGGCCGCUGGCCCCAAGAGAGCUGCCAGGAUGCUGAGUGCCACCCUCCUGGCCUUGGUGCUGGUCCGGGCUCAAGAGGGACUGGCGGCCGCCCCCACACAGAUCCACAGCGAGGGCUACUGCGCCUUCUAUGGUGACUGUGGCAAUAACAAGGAGGCCAACGGGAGCCUGCUCCCGGACAACACGGUGCCCUGUGUCUCCAACACUCCGGCCCGGCUUCUCUCAGGGACCCACUUGCAGCGGCUGCGCACCGUCUGCCCAGUCCUCUUCACAGGCACAGAUUCCACCUACGCCUGCUGCUCCGAGGACCAGCUGACCGCCAUUGAGAGCAGCCUCCGCAUCUCUCGGGUGAUCCUCUCCCGCUGCCCCUCCUGUGCUGAGAACUUCGGCAACCUCCACUGCCAGAACAUCUGCUCCCCGAACCAGAGCAGCUUCGCCAAUGUCACCCGCACCAACCCCUACACUUUCCCCAAUGGUAGCCAAGCAUUGGGCGUCUUGGAGUACCAGUGCUUCUAUGACCAGGCCUUUGCUGAUGCCACUUAUGACUCUUGCAAAGGCGUGAGCAUCCCAGCCACGGGUGGCUAUGCCAUCGGCGCUAUGUGCGGCAAGUACGGGGCGGCGCUCUGCAAUACACAGCGUUGGCUGGACUACCAGGGUGACGUCAGCAAUGGCCUGGCUCCACUGGCCAUCGACUUCCGCCUGGUGCCCCAGGGUUCCCCGGCCAUUGCGGGCGGCAUCGUGCCCUUCAACGCCACAGUCUGGGGCUGCGGAGAGCCGGUGGGCAACAGCACUGGCGAGAAGUGCUCCUGCCAAGACUGCGCCCAGUCCUGCCCGGUCAUCGAAGCCCCACGGCCUCCUGCACCGCCGUUCCAGGUUGGGCACCUGAGCGGAGUCCUCUUCCUCUGCAUCCUCCUCUUCCUGGUCCUCUUUGUGGUCUUUGUGGUGGCCCUGAGCUGCCAGUGCUGCUCCCCAUCGUCGCGGCGGAAGUUAAAGAGCCAGGGAGGGCCGUGGGAGAAGCCGAAGGGCCCAGGAUGGCCACAGGAACCCAAGCCCAGGAUCCCUUGCUCCCAGAGGAUUGGCCGGGCCACCGACAGGUUCCUUUCCAGGGUCUUCAGCAGCUGGGGCACGCUGGUGGCCACCUAUCCACGCACGGUCAUCUUAAUCUGCACUCUGGCCGUGGCAGUGCUCUCUGGUGGCCUGGCCUCCAUCCAAAUGACCACGAACCCCGUGGAGCUGUGGUCGGCCCCGGACAGCCAGGCCCGGCAGGAGAAGGCCUUCUACGAGGAGCACUUUGGCCCCUUCUUCCGCACCAACCAGGUCUUCCUGACGGCCAAGAUCCACUCUGGCUACAGCUACAACUCUCUGGUCAUGGGCCAGAGCAACUUCAGUGGAGUGCUCUCCAUGGACGUGCUGCUGGACCUGCUGGACCUGCAACAGCGGCUGCAGGGCAUCGUGGUCUGGUCGGCGACCCAUGGCCGGAAUGUUUCACUGAAGGAUGUCUGCUACGCCCCGCUCAACCCCCAGGAGCCGUCCUUGACCGACUGCGCCGUCAACAGCUUGCUCCAGUACUUCCAGAACAACCGGACACUGCUGGAGAUGAACGCCACUCAGACGCUGAAGGGGCAGACCAGCAUCGUCGACUGGAGGGACCACUUCCUCUACUGCAUCAACUCCCCGCUCUCCUUCAAGGACAUCACAGCUCUGGGGCUCAGCUGCAUGGCUGACUACGGGGCCCCAGUCUUCCCUUUCCUGGCCGUGGGGGGCUACUCAGGGGUGUCCUACUCAGAGGCGGAGGCACUCAUCCUGACCGUCUCCCUGAACAACUUCCCCUCCAGUGACCCCCGCUUUGACUUUGUGAUGCUCUGGGAGGAGCAGUUCCUGAAAACAGUGAAGGAAUUCCAGCAGGAACAUGCCAAUCGCUACAACGUUGCCUACAUGGCGGAGCGCUCCUUGGAGGACGAGAUCAGCCGCUCCACCUGGGAAGACAUGCCCAUCUUCGUCCUCAGCUACCUCCUGAUCUUCAUCUACAUUGCUCUGGCCCUGGGACAGUACUCCAGCUGCAGGCGCAUCCUGGUGGACUCCAAGGUGACGCUGGGCGUGGGUGGCAUCCUGGUUGUGCUGGGGGCCGUUCUCUCCUCACUGGGCUUCUACUCCUACGUUGGCGUGCCUUCCUCCCUCAUCAUCCUCGAGGUCGUGCCCUUCCUGGUCCUGGCCCUCGGUGCAGACAACAUCUUCAUCUUCGUGCUGGAAUACCAGAGGGCUGAACCCCGGCCUGGGGAGACCUCAGAGGAGCGCAUUGGGAGGGUCCUGGGAGAGGUGGCGCCCAGUAUGCUCCUGUGCAGCCUGUCGGAGGUCAUCUGCUUCUACAUGGGAGCCUUGAUCCCGAUGCCCGCCGUCAAGACCUUUGCCCUCUAUGCCGCCCUGGCUGUCCUCUUUGACUUCCUGCUCCAGAUCUCAGCCUUUGUGGCCCUCCUGGCCCUGGAUGUCCGCCGGCAGGAGGAAUCCCGUUUGGACUUCUGCUGCUGCUUCCGCCUGGAGCCAGACGGAGGGUCCCCUGAGGAGAAGCGGCACGAGGGUCGCCUUGCAGCCUUCAUGCGCCGCUUCUAUGCACCCUUCGUGCUCAAUGGCUUCGUCCGGUUCAUGGUGGUACUGCUCUUCGCCGGCAUGUUCUGCAUUGGCAUCUUCUUCAUGCUCAAUGUCCAGGUGGGGCUGGAGCAGGAGCUGUCGGUGCCCAAGGACUCCUACAUGCUUGAGUACUUCCAGGCCUUGAACCAGUACCUGAUGGUGGGAGCCCCCACCUACUUCGUCACCACUGGGGGCUACAACUUCUCCACCAUCCCUGGAAUGAACGGGAUCUGCUCCAGCUCUGGCUGCGAUGAGGACUCUAUGACCCAGAAGAUCCAGUAUGCCACCCGCUUCCCAGAGCAGUCCUUCCUAGCCAUUCCGGCCACUUCCUGGGUGGACGACUUCAUUGACUGGCUGAACCCCUUCUCCACCUGCUGCCAAAUCCAUAGUUUUGGCCCCAAAAAGGGGCAGUUCUGCCCCUCCACCAACUUCACCCUGACCUGCCUGCAGAAGUGCAUGGCCGUCCCCAAAGGCACCCUGCGACCGAGUGAGGAGGAGUUUCACCGCUUCCUGCCUUGGUUCCUCCAGGACAAGCCCAACCUGAUGUGCUCCAAGGGGGGCCUGGGGGCCUACGACACAUCAGUGAAGCUGGGGGCCGAGGGGCAGGUGCUGGCCUCCCGCUUCAUGGCCUACCACACUCCACUGAAAAACUCCCAAGAAUACACAGAGGCCCUGAAGGUGGCCAGGGAGCUGGCCAAGAACAUCACGGCCAGCCUGCGGCGAGUGCCCGGCACCGACCCCGACUUCCAGGUCUUCCCCUACACCAUCACCUACGUCUUCUAUGAGCAGUACCUGACCAUCGCCCUGACGGGUCUCAUCAACGUGAUCCUCUGCCUUGUGCCCACCUUCAUCGUCUGCUGUGUCCUGCUGGGCAUGGACAUCCGUUCCGGGGCCAUCAACCUGGCCACCAUCGUCAUGAUUGUAGUGGACACUGUGGGUGCCAUGACCCUCUGGGGCGUCUCCUACAACGCUGUCUCCCUCAUCAACCUGGUGGCAGCAGUGGGCAUCUCGGUGGAAUUUGUCUCUCACAUCACCCGCGCCUUCGCCAUCAGCACGCAGCCCAGCAAAGUGGAGAGGGCCAAGGAGGCCCUGGUCAACAUGGGCAGUGCGGUGUUUGCCGGCGUAGCUUUGACCAACCUUCCGGGGAUCGUGGUGCUGGCCUUUGCCAAGGCACAGUUGGUGCAGCUCUUCUUCUUCCGCCUCAACCUUCUCAUCACCCUCCUGGGGAUGCUCCACGGCCUGGUCUUCCUCCCAGUCAUCCUCAGCUACUUCGGGCCGGGGGUCCGCCUGUCGGUGCUGCUGGACCAAAAAGAGGGGCCUCCGCCAGACGGGCCCUUGAGUGUCAUUGAGAACCCGAUGGCCUUGGAAGACAAGCAGGACCCUCCCAAGGACCAGUGACCCCCUGCUCAAAGGACAGUAAUGGUGGACGGACCCUGAAGGAGGUGCCCCUUCCCAACAGUGACACUGGGAGGCAGGGGUCUCAACACAGACGACCAGCCAAAGCAGAUGCCCAGGAGUUCCAAGAUGGGAAAGAAGAGGGAAUCUGCAUCCCAGGCCUGCAUGAAAACAGCGCACUUUUGUCUCAGGAGCCCUGUUUUCUUUGCAACUGUACUUUUGU